UGCGCGCGCGGCGCUGCCAUCCGGGUCCUGCGUGCGGAGCGGGCGGGAAAUGGCGCCGGGCUGCGGGCCGGCCGCGGGGCGCCGCGGGGCCGCGCCGGGGCCCUGAGCCGCGGGCAGCGCCGGCCGCAGCUUUACAUGUGGUGCACAUGAAAAUGAGGCUGAGAACGCGGAAAGCUUCUCAGCAGUCGAAUCAGAUCCACGCACAACGUGCGCUGAGGGCCAAGAGGAAACAUUCGGAGGUGGAAGAGAGCUUGCCUGUUGGCGGAGGGAAACCACAGAAAAAUGAAACCGGCUUGUUGUCUUCAAUCAAGAAGUUUAUUAAGGGCAGCACACCCCAAGGAAGAAAGAGAAACCCUGCAAAAAGAAGUAGAAUUGAACGGGAUAUCGAUAACAACUUGAUCACAUCCACCCCUCAAACAGGAGAACAGCCUAACAAACCGAUCUCUCGAGUGCGGCGGAAAAGUCAGAUGAAUGGAGAAGCUGGAAGUUACGAAAUGACAAACCAACACGUAAAGCAGAACGGAAAAAUUAGAAGAUAAUCCUUCCACUGGCAGCCCCCACGAACUACGUUACUGGGAACCAUAUUUUCUCCUGUUUUCAAUUUUUCACCAGCAAAUAAAAAUGGAACAUCAGGAUCAGAUUCGCCCGGACAAGCUGUUGAAGCUGAAGAAAUAGUGAAACAGCUUGAUAGACAGGUAGAUGAGAUCACUACAAGUACUGCGACAUCGACCAAUGGAGCAGCCUAUACCAGCCAGGCGGCGCAGGUCCGGUCUGCUGUCAACAACGGCUUGGAAGAGGUAGAGGAAACCACUGACCGUGACCUGCCACCACUUACAGCACCAGUAUCUCCAGACAGUGGCUACUCAUCAGCUCACGCGGAAGACUAUGAAGAAGACUGGGAAGUUUUUGUCCCAAAAUCUGUAUUCCUUUGCAGAUCCUAUUUCAUCAAACAUGUUCCCCCACUAACGGAAGAACAACUGAACAGGAAGCCAGCUCUUCCACUCAAAACAAGAAGCCACCCUGAAUUCUCAUUAGUUAUAGACUUGGAUGAACAUUAAGUGCACUGUUGCCUAAAUGAGUUAUAAGAUGCUGCCACUCAACUUUCCCUGUUUCUUUUUCAAGAUUGUCAUUACCAGGUUUAUGUCCGGUUACGGCCAUUCUUCCGAGAAUUCCUGGAACGUAUGUCUCAGAUUUAUGAGAUCAUUCUUUUUACUGCUUCUAAGAAGGUGUAUGCAGACAAGUUAUUGAACAUACUAGACCCUAAAAAGCAAACUGUAUUUUGCUUUACUCACAGGCAUCGACUCUUCCGCGAGCAUUGUGUUUGUGUACAAGGGAAUUACAUAAAGGACUUAAACAUUCUCGGUAGAGAUCUCUCAAAAACGAUCAUCAUUGACAAUUCACCGCAAGCCUUUGCUUAUCAGCUUUCGAAUGGAAUUCCUAUAGAAAGCUGGUUCAUGGAUAAAAAUGACAACGAACUGCUAAAACUGAUUCCAUUUCUGGAGAAACUCGUAGAGCUGAACGAAGAUGUCCGACCUCACAUCCGAGACAGAUUUCGCUUGCAUGACUUGCUACCCCCCGACUAAAGCCUUCUGUCGAACCGCUGAAGGGGGAGAAAAUGCAGGACCCUUUUGGACUAAAACAAAACAUUGCCAUUACUGUUGAAAUUUUGCAUUUUUGUACCCCGUCUUGCUUUUCUUAUCUUUGGUGCCCGACAAUAAGCAAGGGUUACAGGAAGAGACUUUCUAUAUCUGAGAUUGGAUUCAUUCGGAACCACGCAGUCCAACACCGUAGGUAGGCGAGAACAGAAAAGUCUUUAGAACUAGUGCGACUCCAAUGAAAUUUUUUAUGUCCAGGACAUCUGCAGUUUAUAAAGAAUUCUGUUUCUGCCACCAGCAGUUUGACCUGUCGCGACACAGGAUUUUAUGAUACAACAGAGAUUGAAAAUGGACUCGUGUUUUCUCUCUGUUCGGUGCUCUAAGUGGGUUUGUAGCCACUUCUCUGUUACUUUCGAGAUUCUCAUUUCAACAGGAAUGGCCAGUACAAGUUGUUUUAUUUUUCCUGUUCAGGUUUAUAACCUUUUUACAUUUUUGACCUGUAUUAGACUAGAAGUUCAUUAUGCAUUCCUUUUAGUUGAGGCGCUUCAUAGUUUUUCUGGAAAUAGCCAAAUAUUCUUAGUUUUUUAUUAAACCGUUGGAUGGCCGUUUUCCUGCUUCGUCUGCCUGCAUCCUGUAUAUUUGUUUAAAAUAUUCUCUAGUUUUAGCCCACAUAAGUUUCAUUUAGAAAGGAAAAAAACCCCUGCAUUUAUAUUUUCUUUCUGUAAUAUUCUACUGUAGUCGAAAUCUUUUCAAAGAUCAAGAGACUGGCUAGAUAAGAAGAAUAUAAGAGUUACUAAUAUCCAGAAUAUUUUAAACUGUUGUGAUGGCGUGUACUCCGGACAGACAAGACCUGGCAGUGGCACAAACAAGGACGGACAAGGAAUACCUCAGACUGUACUGUGCGUGCAGAUCUUGACAGGAGAACAAGCUCGGUCCCCCGGUAGGUUUGCCGCGAUUCCAUCACCGCUGCCUUCUGUCUCCUGCAAGACCGAAGCAUUGCGCACAGUGGCUCAGUGUUGUAAGGUGGUUCGCAUGGGCUGGCGGUACCUCUGUGGCACUCGCCGUUACAAUCAGUUCUAGGCCCCGAGUGACAGCGCAGGGACCGGGCAGCAACCGUGCACAAUCCUGUGGUACCGUACACUCCCACGCCACUGGCGCGGCCCCUCCGCUCGGAGCGGCUCCUCCGCUCUAUGGAAAUAGUCUCUCAGCCUUGGGUCUCUAAUGCAGCCACUACCAGAGGUGGAUAUUUUUAUAACGGUGUGUAAUCUCCUUUUCCGGAGGCUUUUUAUGGAGGGUAUAAUUUGUUAAAAGUUAGGAUGCUUUGCCUCUCGACUGCAUUAACGCGCCACAGGCUCAGACUGUUUUUGUGUGAAAGAUGUCACAGAACGGCACUUUUUCUAAAGAGAAGUUUGAUAUUUUGUAUGCUUGUUAAGAAAGUACAGUAUUGGAAAUUAAAGGUGGACAACUGAUAAUUGAGAAGUAUGUCAAUUAAUUUUUUAUGUAUAUUACCUGUUUACUUGUACAAUUUUAUUGUACAAAUUACAUGCAGCUUCAUUUUCAAAUGAGUCCUUAAAAUAAGGAAAAUCUUUUUAGGAAGACAUUUAAUUUUUGUAUUUUUGAUUUUAAAAGGCAUGAGUUAUGUCAACUUUUUCCAGUGUAUUAAUGAAGAUUUUAACUUUUCAUCAGGUUGAGUGUUUUCUUACUAUAUUCUCUGUUGUGUACGUAGCUAGCACAUUGUGUCACUGAGCUGUUUAAAAUAGCAUGUAGAGCAAGCCUGUUUUGUGGAAAAUCCUUAUUCAUUAAAAAAAAAAAAAAUCAUCAUGGCAGAUUUUCUGCAAAACCAAGUGAAAACAUUUGCAAUUCAGAAUACUGAUUUUUUUUGUAUUUAAAGAAAAGUAUUUUGCUUGCAGGAAAGAAAUACUACAGAUUCAUUUUAAUGAGAAUCUUUUAAAUGUAUUUAUCUUUAGGGCAUCCGGGCAUCUUUACGCUGUUUGUCUUAUGUCUUUAUUGAAAUAAAAUGUACAUAACAUUACCUUUACACAUGCUUUUGCGCAGACGUGUGAGCCCUGUAGCCAUCCCGGUCCUUCCUGGGUUUAUGUCGACACGAUGGAUCUGAAAUGAAUGAUGGCUUUUGGAAGUGGUCGGCUUGGAUCUGAACUGCUGCUGGGUUUGCCAGCUUUUUUUCAGUCGUUCACUAAGAUGUGAAUCUAAAUUAAAGGGUUUUAAUUAGUUUAAUCCUUGUUUAAGGUGGAAUUUUUCCACGUUUCUCAAAGUCAUUGACGUAGUAGCACUGCUUUACAAGUCACCGGCCCACCAGAAAGCAGUGGUUUUUGUUAAGUAGCUCCUGGCUUUUCUCUGGCUGUAAGAGAAGGUCACCCGCUCCAAGAAUGUCCUCACCCACCGGAUGCUGUGCUUGGCUGAAACCAUUCCCAAAGUGCUUUCUUUAGUUAAGGAAACCAAAGCUUAUACUGCACUUUACAGCUGUAUCUGUGUUGUGAUAAUCAGGUCAGGAGGACAUUGAAGUGUGAAGUAAGGGGUUUAGUUCUGCAUAGAUGCACAACAGAAUAACAGAGUCUGCUUCGUAAACAUUAAAUAUGAAUAUUUUGAUGUGCUACAAGUCUGGUAUUUAUCAUUCUGAACUUCCUUUGCAGAAUGAGCCUACCUGCUUAUUAAUGUAAGCUCCUGAAAGUGUCAGAUGCUUCUGGCCUAAACCAUCUUUGCAGAGUUGUAAUCCAUCAGGUUUUAUUUUCAUCUCAUAAAGUCUCGCGGGUGAGGCUGCCCGUUCCUGAUGAGAGGCUGGAUGGUGCUGGGCACACCAAAGCUGACAUUGGUCCCCUGGGGGGGGCUAAGCUGUGUGCAUUACUUAUCUUGAAUGCAGAACUGUGCAACGCAAGCGGUCAGCCUUGUAGCUGGGUCAUUUAUUCCAAUUCUAUGUAUUUUUACAAAACAAAACGCCCUGUUUUCCGAAGUUCUUAAUGAUUUCAUUUGUGAUCUCGUGCUGGAUUGUGUGUAAAUUUUACCUGUCUGGAUGAAUUCUCUUCUAGGUUUGAGCAUUCUCCGUUCUGACAGCAAAACAAUAUCUUCUACACUUAUUUGAGCAACACGUGUUCGAUCUUCGUCUUUCCUCAGCUUGCUGUGUUGCUAGAACAGUGUUCCGCUUGGUCAUAGAACCUCCCUUUCCACCUUUGAUUCAUUCCACCAUCUGUCUGUGUAAGAAAGCAGUUGUUCAUUACUUUUGGAAUGUAUCAGAAAGCCUGAAUGUUUCAAGACCUCAUUAAAACCCUCCCCAAACACAAGCUGUGUCCCCCAAAGGCAUGCUAAGCAGGCGUAUCUUCUUCAAACAGAGCACUUAAUGCCUUAUCAGAGAUGGUCAGGUGUGUGAGUGUUGUGGUGGCGGAGGAUGGAAUGCUGGCGGGAGUGGUGCUGGCUCACUCCGCCACUAGCAGCAGAGCCGCCGGGACAGUUUCCUCUCGCAGCAAGAGUUGUUGAAGCACAUCGUGUCCCCUCACCGAGCGUGGUUCUUUCCACCAUCUGAGUUCCAGGGCAGUUGCACUGAUGGUUGGGUUGGCACAGCUGGUACCAUGUCCAGCCCCAGUGGGGAGAGGGACCACGAAGGAGCAGAGGAGGAGAAGCUGGAGUGGCUGGAAAUCUGCCCGGUCUGUCUGCUGGCUGCAGCAUCAUUAGUAAAUGAAAGCAAAUGAUGAGGUUCUUAACCUCACA